AUGGCUGCCUUUAUGUGCAUUCAUAAUUUGCCAUUCUUGCUACUAGAUUAUUUACCUUCAUUUCAAAAAAGUAUAUAUCCAGAUUCAGAAAUAUGCCAGGAAGUGAAAAUAAAACGAAAGAAAGCAACACAACUUGUAGUUCGAGUUUUAGCGCCAUAUUUUCAAAAAGAACUAAUACAGGAUUUAAAAACUAUGGCGUUUUCAGUCAUAAUUGACGAGAUGACGGACAUAAGCAUAGAGAAAUCAUCAAUAAUAAUUGUGAGAUACUGGAAGAAUGGCAGUGUAAAAGAGAGAAUUUUAGAUUUAAUUAAAGUAGAAGAUACAACAUCUGAGGCAAUAUUCACAUCAUUGAAAAAAAUCUUUGAUGAACAUAAAAUUCCGUAUACCAACAUUAUUGCAUUUGCUUCCGAUGGUGCCAGCACUAUGAUGGGAAGGAUAUCUGGAGUACAAGCUAGGUUUAGGGAGAUUGCUCCACAUAUCUACGUUCAAGUGUGCCUAUGCCAUGCAUUACAUUUAUGCUCUUCAGCCGCAACAAGAAGGUUACCAGAUGUUGUCGAGCAAUUUAUAUUGGACCUUAUAGUUAAAGUAAACUUGGAACUGCAAUCAGGAUCUUCAAAGUUUCCAAUAUUGCUUGAAAGGUUAACUACGCUUUACAAAGUUAUUCUUAAAAAUUAUGUAAAACAUGAAAUAGUGAAUAAAGAACAGUUGAUUCAUGUGAAUCAGCUAAAUCAUUCACGUAAUUAUGUUGACUUAAAUCAAAUAUAUUGUGGAGCAAAAACAGAAGUCUUCAUAAUUGCCGAAAGUCAAAAGGGAUCACAUAAUAAACAAGAUAUUGAAAACUUCCAAAAACAUAUUUUAGCGUUUUAUAUAGAGAUUACUAGUCAGAUUUCUAGUCGAUUUGAUUUCAAGGAUAAAUAUUUGAUUUUUGCUGCAAAUUUUGCUCCUGCAGCUGUGCAAUGUGAUAUAGAAGCUGUAAAUACCGAAUGGCAGUUAUUGGGUGAACAAAACCUCUCAAGUUUCAAUAAUGAUGUUGCCGAAUUUUGGGGUUCCGUAUUAAACAUGAAAAAUGCAUUAAAUGAGCGAAUGUUCCCGAAUUUAGCAAAAGUUGUAGAACUAAAUGAAUUGCUCUCCUUAAAUAUCAAACCAAGUGACAUUAACAAUAUCUAUAGACUUGGAAAAGGAAAAUCUUCUCCAGUACUUAUUGAGUUCAUAUCUUAUCUAAAAAAGUCUGAAUUGUUUAAAAACGCCGAUAAACUCAGAGGUUUAAAAGAUACAGGAUAUGCAAUAUCAAAUGAUCUUUGCGAAGAAGACAGAAAUGAACUAAAAAUCCUGAGGCAGCACUUUAAAAAGGAUAAAGAGGAGAACAAGCAGGUUAAACUUACGGGCCUGAAACUACAAAUUGACGGUAAAAUCUAUACUGCAGAGGAUCUACACCAGACAGACUCCGAUUCCAAUACUAGCGAUACAGAGGCGACAGAAAAAUCAGAAGACAGUACAUUGGACGGACACAAAACUACAGUACCCAAAGAGAACAGGAAAAAAAAAGAAGAAAAGCAAAACCCUCAGUCCACGAAAUUAGGUAAUGUAGCAUAG